AUGGCUUUAGAGAGUAUCUGGAUGAACCGCCAGAUUUUCGGUGAACGUCCUGAGAAAUAUUUGCCUGGAAAUUUCUGCCCAGUUCAUCUAGGCGAUGUAUUCCAAAAUCGUUAUCAUAUUUUCCGCAAAUUGGGUAGUGGAAGUCAAGGCACUGUUUGGUUAGCCAGGGAUAAAGGCGCACCAGGAAGGCGCUACGUUGCGCUCAAAGUUCUCUCGGUCAAGGACAGCAUAUUGGCCGAACCACUGGUUGAGACGCUCUGUAAAGGUCGCGCUAUUAACUUCGAGAAUACCCGUUCGGGAAAGCAAUUCGUUGAACUAUGCUACGAUGCUUUUCAUAUACAAGGACCUUACGGCCAAAAGCAUUUAGUGAAAGUUUUGGAGCCCCUUGGUCGCUCUUUAAGCUCCAUCAUACAAGAAGCAUCAGACAGACGCGAUGAAUUGCAUGCAGCUCAUGGUGGGAAUGAGCCACACGGCAAAGCGGUCAAAGGUGAUCGUUGGUCAAUACACUUCGCCAAAAGAACAUGCCACCAAAUCCUUUUGGGAUUAGAUUACUUGCACCGUCAGAAAGUGGCACACCGAGAUCUACGACCUGCAAAUGUUUGCGCAGCUCUGCGAAUAGAUCUUUCCAAAAUGAGCGAAAAUGAAAUCCAGCAACAAGUGUGGGACUUUGAUACGGAUGAGGACGUAUCGGAAGAAGAGGAAGGUUCCGCAACAUGUUCGAGCUCAACAGAUAGCUCGACGCCUAUUCCGUCAAAGAUAUUAAAAGUAAUGGAAUACUCCCGACUUUGCAAAAAGCUCAACGCAGAACAAUGGAAAAAGUAUCGGGCGGAUUCGGGUGAUGUGAAAGCCGAGCCUCACACACCUGCAUGGAACAAGGCCAAUUUUAUCAGGACGGCCGAUUCCAUCGGACUUCUGCACCGUAUCGACUUGCAGCCGCCCAAGAACGGCGAGAUCAGAUAUACAGUUGCCGGCGAACCUUUGCUGGACGAUAAUCACGGUUUAUCGCCUGCUAAUACGGAGGUGCCGUAUAAUCGAAUGGUUCUUGUCGACCUUGGCUUUGCAAAACGAUUUGAGCAAUGCAAAGACCACAAGCUUACAACUACGUAUGACUUUACGCCUCCCGAAGGUUUAUUGCCCGGUAUAAAUGACCAAGGUCUGCCAGUUCUAGCCGGCGGAGAUAUCUUUUCCUUGGGCUUAUUAUUCUGGGUUGUCGUCAUGUUACGUCACCUUGUUCAACCUACCUUUUUUGCCAAUGAUACAAACAGGACAAAGCUCAAAAGCAAGCUGUUGUAUGAAUAUACUGAGCUUAUAGGUCCCUUUCCUGCCGAAUUACGCUCGGGUUGGCCUGAUGCAAAGCUUUUUGUCGAUUCUACUGGCAAACCAAUUAAAGACGGACGAUACGCCAAGUCAGGGGAUUUUACUCAUGGGAAUAUCUGGGAUCAAGGGAGGCAAAGCAAACCAAUUGACAUGACAAAUAAGGAUUUCGAGUCGUUCAUGGACCUGGUAACAUCCAUGUUGCGGUGGAAGGCCGAGGAUAGACCAUCGACAGCAGAAUUGUUAAGGCACAGAUGGUUUAGAGACUUGCCUAAGGAGGAAAGGCAGAGAGGUUAA